AUGGAGCCAAGCCCCGAAGCCGAGGAGGAGCGCACAGUGCGCGAGGCUCUCGGGCGCUACGAGGCUGCACUGGAAGGCGCAGUGCGCGCGCUGCACGAGGACAUGCAGGGGCUGCAGCGGGGCGUGGAGCGGCGAGUGGCCGAGGCGCUGCGCCUGGCCGGUCCGCUGGCGCGAACCGUGGCGGAGCUGCAGCGCGACAAUCAGCGGCUGCAGGCUCAGCUCGAGCGCUUGACGCGCCAGGUGGAGGCGCUGGGCUUGGCCACAGGGUUGUCUCCCGCGCCCGGCACGCCCAGCACACCCAGCCCUCCGCCCGCCUCUGGGGCUCCGGAGCGUGCGCCCCGGCUGGGCACCGCACGCUUCGCCAGCCACGCCACCUUCUCGCUGUCCGGCCGGGGCCAGAGUGUGGAUCAUGAGGACACCAGUGAGCCGGAGAUGAGGAGGGCCUCCAACUCGUGCAUCCUGGACAACGGGCACCUGCCCGGGGCAGGUCCAGGCGACAGCCCCACUGAGGUUGCACAGACCUUCCCGACCCCGGGACCCUCCAAGCCUCGCCCCGUGAGUCUCUCCUUGCGGCAGCCCCACCAGCCAGUCACAGCCAUCACCCGCGUCUCCGAGAGGUUCUCUGGGGAGACCUCUGCUGCCGCUCUGUCCCCCACAUCUGCUGCAGUCCUGGCGGGUUUCAGCCCAAGCCCCAGUGAGGCCACCACCCCCUGGACUCCCAGUCCCAGUGAUAAGACUCCCUCUCUUACGCGGUCUCUGUCAAGCUCUGGCUACGGGAUGGUGACAGCAGGCAAGCGCAACGACAGCCCACCACUGGUGACACCACCUCAGUCACCUCCAUCUCCGUCGCCGCCAGCCACGACUCAGGCCCCGCGCCAGGGCGAGCGUCGUCGGGAGCUGGUGAGGUCGCAGACGCUGCCCCGCACCUCGGGGGCCCAGGCCCGCAAGGCGUUGUUUGAGAAGUGGGAGCAGGAUACGGCCGGCAAGGGUAAGGGUGAGACCCGGGCCAAGCUGAAGCGGUCCCAGAGCUUCGGCGUGGCCAGUGCCAGCAGCAUCAAGCAGAUCUUGCUCGAGUGGUGCCGCAGCAAGACCUUGGGCUACCAGCAUGUAGAUCUGCAGAACUUCUCCUCCAGCUGGAGCGAUGGCAUGGCCUUCUGUGCCCUGGUGCACUCCUUCUUCCCCGAUGCCUUUGACUACAACGCACUGAGCCCCACGCAGCGGCAGAAGAACUUCGAGCUUGCCUUCAGCAUGGCCGAGAACCUGGCCAACUGUGAGCGCCUCAUCGAAGUGGAGGACAUGAUGGUGAUGGGCCGCAAGCCGGAUCCCAUGUGUGUCUUCACCUACGUGCAGUCCCUCUACAACCACCUGCGUCGCUUCGAGUAAGCCCUUGAUUCCACAAGAUCAGCCCCAGGCCGGGAUGAGGUCUGGGACCACCUGUGCCCUCUCCCUGAGUCAGGAUGACCCCCCCCCCCAGGGGCAGUAGCCCCUUGGGGAGGACACACAGUGACUGCC